CCCAACCCAAACCAUGUGUCCUAUUAUUGCCAUCAACAUACAUGGCAAAUUAAUCUAAACCCAACGGCCACUUACUCUCCCUAUAUAUAAACAUGCCACUGUACUGUUUUAAGCUCUGAGAGGAGAGAAUUAUAUUGUAGAGAGUGAAGAGUAGUGAAAUUGCAGUAAUGGCAUCACUACUACUUUCCCAAACUGCAACAAAAACCUCAAUAAUUUUCUUGUGUUUUUUCCUAUGUUUCUCCAACGUUGUUGUCGCUCUCACCAAACAGCAAGAGCUAGACCGUAUCACAGCCCUCCCCGGCCAGCCGCCGGUCGGAUUUUCCCAGUUUUCCGGCUACGUCACCGUCAACGAGGACCACGGCCGUGCUCUCUUUUACUGGCUCACUCAAUCUGCCACCAAUCCAGAUAAGAAGCCUCUUGUUCUUUGGCUCAAUGGAGGGCCAGGUUGUUCAUCAGUGGCUUACGGAGCAUCGGAAGAAAUAGGUCCAUUUCGGAUCAACAAAACCGGUUCCUCUCUAUAUCUGAACAAAUAUUCAUGGAAUAAAGUGGCAAAUAUUCUGUUCCUUGAGUCGCCUGCUGGUGUUGGUUUCUCGUACACGAAUACAAGCUCUGAUCUGAAGGACUCUGGGGAUAACAGAACAGCAAAUGAUGCCCUAAAUUUCCUCAUAAGAUGGAUGUCAAGAUUCCCACAAUACAAAUACAGAGAUUUCUACAUUUCUGGAGAAAGUUAUGCAGGGCAUUACGUUCCCCAGUUAGCAAACAAAAUCUUUGAUUAUAACAAAGGAUUAUCCCAGCCAAUCAUCAACCUUAAAGGGUUUAUUGUUGGAAAUGCUGUUACAGACAGCAAAUAUGACAACAUUGGAACUGUAGCAUUCUGGUGGAGUCAUGCAAUGAUUUCAGACAAGACAUAUAAGAACAUCCUAAAUUCAUGCAACUUCACAUCAGAUAAAUUUUCAAAGAAGUGUGAUGACAUUGUGGAUUAUGCCAUGAACCAUGAAUUUGGGGACAUUGAUCAGUAUAGUAUAUAUACACCAACAUGCAAGGUAGCACAGAAUAGUACCCUCAUAAGGGUCAAGAACACCCUUAUACACCGAAGAUUCUCAGGCUAUGAUCCAUGCACUGAGAAUUAUGCAGAAAAAUACUAUAACCGGCCAGAUGUACAGAAAGCCCUGCAUGCAAACACUACAGGAAUUCCUUACAAAUGGACUGCUUGCAGCGAAGUAUUGAUAAAGAACUGGAAGGAUUCUGAAUUCUCAAUCCUACCAACGUACAGGAAGCUAAUGGCUGCUGGUCUUAGAAUCUGGGUUUUCAGUGGAGAUACAGAUUCAGUGGUUCCUGUGACAGCCACAAGGUUCUCUCUCAGCCAUCUCAAUCUCAAAAUUAAAACUCAAUGGUACCCCUGGUACUCUGGUGGACAGGUGGGAGGAUGGACAGAGGUGUAUGAUGGACUCACCUUUGCCACAGUCAGAGGAGCCGGCCAUGAAGUACCUCUAUUUCAACCAAGGAGAGCUUUUAUACUUUUCCAGUCAUUCUUGGCUGGCAAGGAAUUACCAAGAUCUUGACAAGUAUGACGAAUGGUAGCAAUGCUCACAAGGAAAGACAGAAUGCAGCCUGAGGUGGAUGCAAUUCAUUGGUCCCAUGAAUGUUAUGGGACUAGCAAAGUAGAACAAAAUUCAUUCAUUUCAAUUUGUAUUAGAAUGAACCAUCAUAAUUUUAUAAAAGAAAUGACUCUUAUGAGAACCA